AAACCAAAUGUGUAUAAUUGCAAAUGGAACAAUGGAGACAGGAGGAAAUGAUAUUCUGUUGUCAUAAAUUGGUAGAAAUUUCUCAUUUCCCACUCCCUUUCCUCUGGGUCAGCUGAAACUGUGACCUGGUUUAACAGCCCUUUGAAGCACCAUUGUGUGAUGAUAUGAUAGAGCUAAAUUCACUUGCAGAAGUGGACCUUGGCUGUGAUCUACCAGCCUUGUACACUAUAUAGGAUCAGAAGAGAAUUAAGAUAAAACUUCAUGUUUGUGUAUUUGAUUGAAACUCCCAAAAAAGAUUAGUGGAGAUGGAAAACAAAAUCCUGAAUCGUAUUGUUAGAGACUUGCUGGAGUAGACUCAUUGAAUAAUAAGAAAUAUUUCCGUUAACUCAUCAUAGAUUCAAUGAACCUACUAAAGAUUAUUCAGUAUAAUUAAGGCUCUCUCCAUUUGUGAGAAAGUCAAAUGUGUUUAUGGCAAAAAUAUCAAGGCAGAUGAUUUAAUUUAAUUUAUUUGAUUUUUGUUUGAAAGGUCAAUAUAUCUUAAUUCAUUUUUUGAACUUUUUACAAUUUUGUGAUUAGGAGAUUUUAGGUAUUAUAUGUUUAAAAAAGCAAUAGCCAGUAUUGUUUCUCAGUUUUUGGUCUUCCAGAUUAGAAUCCCAAGCCAGCAUGGCUAGUGGACAGAGAUUCUGAGAAUCACUUAUUUACUCUACAUUUUAGAGAAAUAACAGGAUAAAAAUAGAGAUAAGAGUAACACAUAUUUGAAAAGUAAGGGGAAAGAAUGCUGUUGAAAAUUAACCUGACCAUUAAAAAAAGAAGCUGUUGAAGUGUUGUUGGAGAAACUUUAAGAAAUAAAGUUUCUGUUAAAGUUACCUAACUGCUUUCAUGUCAAGUAUGUAAUAGUAAAAUAAACAAUGUAAAUAGCAUUCACACUUUUAAAAGAAUACUUGGUUUAAUUUAGAUUUUAUCUGUUGUUGAUACUGCAACUAAUGAGGUGUUCAGAUUGAAUGGAUAAGUUUCUUAAGGGUGUAAAUGAAUUCAUAAUUGUUUCCUCUGUACAAUGCAUUUAAACACAGAAUGGGUGGUAUCUAAGAGCAUGUUAUUUAUAGAGUUUUGUGAAGUAGCAUCUCAGUUUCUUCUUGGCACGUCCUUUUUCAUUGUUCAUUUGAUUGUCCUCUGUGACUCUGCCUAAACUCUGGGAUUAUAUAAUCUGCACUCUACAAAUUGUUUUGCAAACCAUAGGGAGCUGCUUACAGCACUGAUGAAAAUGAAAAUGAAUUGGACUUACCCUCUCCUAGCUAUAUGCACCACCAUAAUUUUUAUCAUAGUCUGGGCUUUCCAGACAGGAGGAAGGAAAUCCAUGGUUUGUAAGAGUCUUCCCCAGGACCUUGGAUUAGAGGAGAAAACUCAGGAUAUGCACAGCCUGAUAUUUGAUGAUUUAUCUCCAGCAGAGAUGAUUCAAGUGAAUAGGUACUUACAACAAAACCUAGCUGUGCUGCUGGUUGAUCCUUCUGAAGCAAAGCCAUCUGACAACUGCAUUUAUUCUAUCACUCUUCAGCUUCCUCCAAAAGCAGAGGUUCUGGAAUUUCUGGACCAUCAAGGGAGAAGACCUGCCCGAGAAGCACUAGUUGUAGUUUAUUUUGGAAAUCAGAACGAUCCAAACAUCACCGAGUUUUUGGUGGGUCCUCUUCCAAACCCAACAUACCACCGUGAUAUCACAGUGGAGAAAUAUGGUGGAAAGCUACCUUAUUUCAGAAGGUUUAUGUUAAAUAAUGAGAUUAAAGAAUGGAAUACAUUCUUGAAGAAGGAAUAUCAGAAAGCUCCAAACUUUAUGCACAAGGUAUUUGAUUACAAUAGAAAUAAUUUUAUGUAUUUUCAUGCAAUGCCUCCAGGGUUCGAAUCAGGAGAUCGUCUUAUCUGGAUUUUUCAUUUUCAAAAUGUGUCUGGCUUUCCUCUGCAUCCAGUUGGAUUUGAAGUCCUACUGGAUGUGAGUAGCCUAAACAUUUCUGACUGGAGAGUGAAAAAAGUUUUCUAUAAUGGACAAUACUUUGAGGACAUGGAGGAUAUUGAGAGACAAUUCAAUGAAGGCUAUGUAAAAGUGGCCAAAGUUGAAAAGUCUCCUCCUGAUGGAGGAUAUUCAUCAUUAAAGCAGAGGGUGCCCCCUAAGGGACCGGGUCCCCUGCACUAUGAACCUCGUGGUCCACGCUACAGCAUUACGAAUAACCAAGUCAACUUCAUGUCCUGGAGUUUUUCCUUUGGAACAGAUGUAUUAUAUGGGCCUCGUGUCUUUGACAUCAGGUUUCAGGGUGAGAGGAUAGUCUAUGAACUAAGCCUGCAAGAUGCACUUGCUGUCUAUGGCUCCAACAGUCCAGGGCUAAUGCGGAACAGAUAUAUGGACCUAAGUUAUGGCUUGGGAAGUAACAUCCAUACACUCACCCCUGGUGUGGAUUGUCCUUACUUAGCUACUUAUUUGGAUAGACACUAUUUUGUUGAUACAUCAUCACCUGUCACCAGAGAAGCCUCAAUCUGCAUAUCUGAGCAGAAUGCUGAAGUGCCUAUACGACGCCAUUAUAACAUGGCCCAAUCUCCAUUUUAUGGAGGUUUGGUAGAUUCAGCUGUUGUUUUCAGGUCCAUAACUUCAUACGUUAACUAUGAUUAUAUAUGGGACUUUAUUUUUCACCAAAAUGGAGCUGUUAGUGUCAGGUCCUAUGCCAGUGGAUACAUUCAAUCAUCUUUCUUCUUUGGGAAUGCUUCAGAAUUUGGCAACAGAGUUCAAGAGUGGGUGCUGGGAACAAUUCACACUCACAGCUUUCAGUUCAAAGUGGAUAUGGAUGUUGGUGGUAAGUUACUAUCAAUUACAGCAGUUUUUCCUAAAUGUAGCAUAUUUAUUUCUCUAUUGGUAGCACCAGAUACAGUACACUGGCAAAACUACUUCUCACUGUUUCUUCACUCAGAACACUCUAUGAAAUUUAUGGCAUCACCAUAUUAUGGCAUCAUUUAUUGA